GAGAAGCUGGUGGAGAAGGCUGCCGAGGUCGCGAAGCAAGAGGCGCUCUGCGAGAAGACCCACAGCGAAGGCAAUGUCCAGCAGCAGAGCUUCAUGGAGCAGCUGAUCUUCAGAAACCCAGAGCAGCUGGCGCUGGACGGCAUCAUUCGCCUGGAGAAGGAGCUGGGACUGGAUGACGAGGAGGUGGGCGAGGCCGCCAAGAAGGCGGCCGAGGAGGCCAAAAUGAAUGUGCUGAGGGAACUGCGACAAGGGGCGAUGAGCUACACCACCCAGCUCCAGGAGCACAUCAGCAAGGCGAAGGAGCUAGCGGCGAAUAGCAAGGAGGCCACCAGGCAGAACGCCAAGAAAAGGAGCAUCGACGACCACGAGGCCAAGAAGGUGGCGGGCAGGAUGCCCCCACCGCCCGCGGCGGCACCAGUAGCACCGGGCGGGGGCCAGAACGGCGACCAGAUGGCAGACGACACCAAGAGGGACGUGGACAUGGGGGAGGAGGCGCUCAAGAAGACCAAGGCAAAGGUGGCCGACGGGACUGCCGCGCCCGCGCCCCCAGCCCGACGGUUGCCACCUGGUGCCCUAGGCAAAGCAAUGUUCGACGCGGGCGUCAGGGUCGUCUUCGUCAGCAACAUCGCGAUUUGGAGGCCGACGGCGGAGUCGUGGCUUAACGGGAUGCACCUUAGGAUUGGAGGCAAGAAGCACAGUCGGCAAGGCUUUGAUAUGAAUGCGGUGCCGAAGAUGCAUCUGCGCCUGCAAGUAUCAGAGGAGCAGGAAGCGAUGCUCCACAAGUGGGGCAUCAAGGCGCGUCUCGCGGCAGCCCAGCAGUCAGUCAAGUCCGAUGGGGGGCUCGAAAGGAGAUCGGCCAAGCUAGCGAUGUUCACAAAGACAUUGCGCGCGCCGUGGAUCGUCGCAGGGGGCUUCAGUACCCACCUGGCGAGAUUCGCGACGGCGGGCGACGGCGACCUGCUGGGCGACGCGCGCAUUGUCACAUUGACUGGAGACCUGCCGACCUGCUACAAGGCAGACGCAGAGCCCUCCCUCGUCGACCUCGCGCUCGCGAGCCCCGAGGCCCGCGCGCGCGUCGUCGACCCCGAGCCCGUCGCCGACGCCAGCUGGAGGCCGCGCCGCGGCCAGCAGCUGCGCAUCAGAACGGAGAUCGGGCACGGCAUCGCCAGGAAAUUGGAGCCGCCGACGGUCUUCUGCCACCUGAAGCUGGACACAGCAAAGCCCAGAGACGGAAGCGACAAAGGGAACGAGAUUGGGCCGAUUGGGAAGCACGAGCCCCACCGCAGCAGCAACAGCCCGGCCGACUGCAUGACC